UUCUUCGCGGAGGAACCAGGAGGUAAAAGCCUCGUCACCCCGAUAUCACGCGACUUGAGUGACAAGAAUCGCAAUUUUUCGACGUCUGAAUUCCGCGGACGCUGUGGAGUUGGGGAAAGAAGAAAAAAAAAAAAAAAAAAAAAAGAAAAACUAACAAGUGCUGAAAGAAGUCGACGACGAUGAAGGGUGCUUUAGUUUUUUUGUGCGCGAGUUUGGUGAUCUGCCUCGCAGGGGUCGAGGCGAUGGGCAAGUACAGAGGACUCGAAUUCCUCGAGCCCUGCUCCAGGCGGAGCCCGCACUUGGAAGCAUGCUUGGCUCGUUCGGCCAACAUCCUCACGGAACACUUUAAACAUGGACUUCCUCAACUCGGCUUCAACGAGGUUGAACCCAUCAUUCUUGACGAACUUCACAUCGCUCUUGGCGGCGGUCCGGAUGGAUACAGGGCUCAGUUCAGGGACGUCGAGGCCAAGGGUGUCUCGGCGCUACGCGUAACAGGUCUCAGGGCGCGAAUCACCGAUGACGAAGUUCAGGUUCAGCUCGCCCUGAGCAUUCCCAGGAUCAGGGCCAAGGCCAAUUACCGAUCCAGCGGGAAGUUGAUUUUGGUUCAGGCCAGCGGCGCCGGCGAUUACUGGGGCGAAUACGAGGGUGUAAAAGCCAAGGUGUUCAUCAGAGCCAAGCCUACUCCAAUCGGUGGCAGACAGUACCUGCAUCUUCAGCAGCUCAAGAUGGACUUUAGCGUGCAAAACAUUAAAAUGGGGGUGGAAAACGUCCACGACGGAAACACGAUUCUUCAGGCUGCCCUCAACCUGUUCAUCAACAGUAACAGCCAGGAACUGCUCAAGGAGAUGAAACCGGACCUCAGACGGAAACUCGUCCAGGUGAUGACGGCCUUCGUCGAGAAGUUAUUCGACCAGGUACCGUACGACGCGUGGAUCGAGGAUUAGACACGUCAAUACACUUGGAAAUCAUACAAAUAUAGAAUAAUACAGGACCGAGGCUCCUCGCCUCGAAGGAAAGUCAGUUCCCCCAGACUCAGGCGCAAGUCACACUUCGUCCGGUCAUUUUGACAAUUAAAAUUCAGACUUAUCUGUUACUAUAUUCAACGAAGAAGAUUCGCCAACUCCCGUGCCUCUGUAAGCUACUCGGUUUGGCCUCACCUCGGGAUAAAGACAACCAGUCCAUGGCCAGGGUAGCUGCAGAUGUCCUUUUGAGUGUUCUUCACCUGUAAAUUGAAAAAGCGAACGAAACGCGUCUUUUGGCGAUUCGAAAGGCGGGUGAUUAUCCGUUCCAGGCUGCACUAUUAGAUAGAUUUCGCAUGUGUGGCGAGUAGCGAAACCCGUUGUAAAUGCACGUAGCCUUGCCAAAAUUUUAUAUCGCAAGAAUUAGCGACCUCCUAUAAUCAGGGAAUCAGGGCAAUGUUAAAUUUCUCAUUUAUCUCUUUCUGUACUUCCCCUACGCUAUUAUAUUAUCCAGUGCAGCUAUAGUUCAUCGUAUGAUUUCCGUACUACUAUAUAAUUCGAUAACAGUAUAUUAUUACUUAGUUUGACAAUGCAAAUUUAAAGCUUAUUGUUAUUGUUAAGGUUCAACUACGCGUAUUCCCAUUAAUUUUUUCACUCACGCAACGAACGUUAAACAGGCUGGCAAGAAAAUUCCAAACACGUCAGUUUUGGACCUUUGAUUGUCUCUCCAGUUGCUAGUUUGCAUUAUCGAAAAUUUCAAAUAUCGACGAGCGUAGCCUCUACUCACGCAUUGAUCAAAGCAUCAAAGCAUCUAAAAAUCUUCGCUUCAUUAGUUAAACAAUCAUAUUCCAUCGUUGCAUAUAACUUAAUUGUUUAAGUUGAUUUGUUGUUUUGUUUUGUUUUUUUCUUUUUUUUAUGUAGAGUUAGUACUUGACUGCUACCCGUUAUUUGCACCAUUUUAUUAGUAAUAAUAACUGCGAUUUUAUAUUUUCCUUUCAUUAUUGAUAGUAUGAUGACUUUGUUUUGUCUGUAUUUAUUUAAUAUAUUUUACAAUUACAAGUAAA